GGUUAAAGAAGAUAAUGGCGACCAUUCGGGAAAGAGCCGCUGCCUUAAAUAUUAUGGGGAAGUUGUACAGUCCUAUGCGUCUUCCUCAAGACUCUAAAAUGGGCAACACUGUGCAACCACUCUCAUGGAGCGCUGUUAUAUCCCAUCUUCAAGAGCAAGUUCAAAUGGAGCGACGGUGGCGUCAUCUCAGAGCUCACAAAAACUGCUUUGUAGGAUCUGCUGCAGUUGAUGCCAUUCAGACUCAUGUCCAGAACAAUUAUUUUGGAGACCUAGAUUUCCCUCGAGCUAAGGCUGUGCGUAUUUGCCAAGCCCUUAUGGACUGUGAGGUGAUUGAGGCAGUGGGGAAAAGAGUGUUUGGCAAGGAGAAAAAACAUACCUUUCAAGAUACCAACUGCAGCCUUUACAGAUUUGUGAGCACUGAGAAUGCUGUAUUGGAUAAGCUUGACAAGCAAGUUAUUUCACCCUUCGCACAAAAGAGUUUUCAUAUGCCUGACACAGGGGAGAUGAAGGUGCUUUGUCAUAGCACACCUGUGAGGUCAAUCACCACUCUAGGAGCCUAUAUGAAAAAGGACACAAUGCCGCACAGCCCCCAAGCCAGAAAUAAUGCUUUGUCACAAUCAUUGGUCAGUGAAGUGUGGCAGGAGCAGACAUUACUGCGUCUAAUGCAGAUUAUGGACCUGCCAUUCCUUGAGGGCCUGUUGGAGGCCAAGGAGCGUUCCUGGCAGCAGUCCUCUAGCUUGGAUGAGAAUGAUGAAGAGGCACUGCACAGGAGCAGCUUCCUUGACCGGGAGAUUAUACAGGCCUUUAGGGACUCGCAGACUGAUGCAUGGCUGUCCGCAGCACUAGACUGCAUUGGGUUUCUGCCAGACCAGGUGGUGGUUGAGGUGAGCCGUGAACUACCCAUAACCCAUUAUGAGUUGAACAAGAGUAUCGACAUGGAACAGUGCAAGCUUCUGCUUUUUGAUGUUCUUGCCAAACACUACAGCCAACCUGACUACUCUCCCCUGCUUGGUGACCACAUGGGAGAAGUCUACGCUGUUAUCACAGAACAUCUUGAAAAUGGGAAUCUCAAACUGGCUCUCGAGGCCAUUCAACUUUGUUUGAAGCUCCUGCCUGUGGACCAGCGGGAGCAACUCCAAAAAUUACUUGUCUUCAUGGCUUUGGCUGCUGACCCACAAGCCAAGAGGUUGCAUAAGGAGUUGGAGAACCGAAUGAUUGUGAAAAGGACAUUUUCCAAGGCAAUCAUUAACCACAGAUGUCUGUCAAAGGACAAAGCUUAUGUCUUGGUCCUUUUCAUUAUGGACAACCAUUCUAUAGUUUUCCAGAUCCCAGGAUCUUUUCACAAGUUAGUUAGUGAAAAACUAGCUGAUAUUCAACAAGGGCAGAUAGACACAUCUUCAGGUCCUACUUUCUGCCAUGGUUAUCCAGAAUAUGUUCGACAGUCAACAAAUGUUGAGUUACUUGGGUUACUCAGGACCAUUGACGAGGACCCACAAUAUACACUCAAAGAUAAAAAGCGCCUGUUUGCCAAAUUUUAUCAAGGUCAUCCAGAAAUAUUUGCUCAAUAUUUUGGGCCAAGACUGUCUAGCAUAAUCAGUGCCCUGUAAAGACACUGACAUAUGUCUGUAAAUAACUUAUUAUUUGAAACGAAUAAAAUGUGUGUUAUAUAUUUUUAAAA